AUGGCCGGAACCGGAUUGCCAAUCAGACCUCCCUCCGUUUGCGCACUGCUUCCACAAGAACUCUCAUACGAGACAGUUGAAGUUGACAAAAUUUACAUCCCAACGAACGCAUUGUUGAUCGCCGAAAACGAGUUGAUAUUUCUCGCGAUCGCGAACAUUUUGAAAGAUCUGAAGGCCGUGUUGAUAGGAGGGGCUGGGUACGUUUACUUUGGGAGAAUCAAUGCCCGCCUUGUGUUUUUACUCAAAGCUCGAGGCGAGCCAUUUGCAGUUAUCCAGGCCAUCAAAUCACUGAAACCCAAAGGUGGAAUCUUUCUCGGGUUCGGGAAAUGUCCUCAUAGCAGGCCGUACGAGAUCGGGGACGUAAUUGUGGCAGAAGCGAUAGCUCGAAAGAACCCCAAACUUCAAAAACUUGAAAGCCUAGCGUGCAGUGAAUGUUUGAUCAACGUGUUCGAAAAUGGCAAAUAUGGAUGGAAACCGCCCAAGUACCGCAAGCAAGCUGUCCAUGUUGGCAAAGUAUUUCAGAUGGGAGAUUUUACAAAGAAUGAGAGAGCUACUGCGGUAGCUGUGAGAACUUCAAGCUUAGGUGGGUAGUAGUGCUCAUAAACCUAGACUUCAAUGAGGUUGAAAGAUUUUGGUGAAAUUUCGCGUCUCUGUCGUCUCUUUUUCUUGCAAAAAAAAAAAAAAAAUUAUUGGUUUUUAUAAAGAAAUUGUGAACCAAAUCAAAAGGAAACGUGAAUUUGACGUAAAAGUGCUGCAUCUUAUAAAGCUGAUAUGUUCUUUUCGCAGAUAUACUUGAAUGCUGCAAAGUCCUGGGUAAAGAAUGGAUAGUACUUACAGGCGUGAUUGGCACUCAGCGUUACCAUGGAAACACUUCUUGGGAGCAAUACGUAGCAGUGGUCUUGAGCUCACUGGUGAAUAAGGUGCUACAGGAUGACCAAGUGUUUGCAAUCUUAGGAGGAGAGGGUGGGGAGCCCAGACGACACAGUCCCCUCCCUGGAAACCCUCUGCAAGAAACAGUUUCUCUUAAAAGUAAGCUGGGAUUAUAAAUUGCAAGUGGGUGCCAGCUCAAUCUCUUUCCCAGGACCUCGUCUAAGAGGGGAGUCUUUGGGGACAAUACUUUGGCGGAGCUAGGGGAAGGCCCCCCUCCCCCCACCCUUAUUUUUAGACCAAGCUGAGGCCCGAAGGGCCAAAAAUAUUUUUUUUGAGAGCGGUCAUCAACCUUAUCUCAGGGUCUGUGUUGUAAUUUUGAUUCCUAAACAUAGCUUUUGCAGUAAUGUAUGUGUUUGUAUGGUCAUGCAAAUAAAGCUCGUUGUUGACCGUCCCUACCCCUCCCCCCCCUUAUCUGAAUGUCUGGAUCGGCCACUGCAAUAUGGGUAUUUGCAGCUGAUUUUCAAGCAAGGAUACGUGUAGAACUUGCUUUCCUGUCAGCUGUAAUUGGAUCGACAAUAGCGUCCCCCUGAAACUAAGGCCUUUCUCCUUUAAGGCUUUGAAAUUUUAGCAGAGUUCUAUGAUAAUAAAUGACAGAAGCUCAUUCCGUUUUUGAAUCAUAAUGACUUUUAAACAAGUGAUCCUGCUAAUUCGUCUUUUUUUUCGGAGAACUGAUUGAAAUCGAUUAGGUAUAAUUUCAUGACGUUCUAAUUCUACUCAGUCGAAUAGCUAACGGAGUGUUUGUUGAUCUAUUGAUUCACAAGAAAUAUUGCCAGCCACUUUAAAUACCUUUUUCUAUCUUUUUACAGGAUUUCAGCUGACUGGUUCAGACAUUUCCCUCCAGGAAGAAUUAAUCAGGAGACAAGCUGAGAUGCACUGGGCACAAGUGAAAGAUGCAUAUGAUAAAGGUUUUUUCCAUCUGCCAGGUCAACACAAAAAUAAGCAAGACACCUCACUGCAUGAGGAGUUCAAUAUAACACCAUGUCUUAAAUCUCCAGUGGAAAACAGUGAAGAGACGUCAGACAGGAAUUAUACGUCCCUGGCCAUAUGUAAACGACAAGCAUCGAACGAAGUCCCGCUGUCAACUGGGAAACCUUCAUAUCUUGAAACAGGAAGUCAAGCACUCUUUAGGGAAUCGAACCGCUUCACUUUACCACCCCUCCGCUCUUUGUCUGCUGGGAAUCGCAGGACACCUCCCCAGGAUAACCUGACGAGCCAUGCGCAAAUGUUUCCUACGCUGACUUCUAGUAUGGCUGUUACCAUGCAAGCUGCGCUGCUUCCUCUAGGCGCCACCCUACAGACGCACGGUAGCUGCCUUGAAAUAAUUAGAAUCAAGACUGAGGAGAGGGCAAUGGUGAGCAGACAAGGAGCAGUUCUCCCUCCUAUAACCCGC